AUGUCUGAAGGCGGCUUGUUCUCAACUUAUUCACUCUGCAGUUCUGCAGCUGGAGUUCUAGGGAACCUCCUGGCUUUUGUGUUAUUUGUAUCACCUAUGCCAACAUUUAGGAGAAUUAUCAGAAGCAAAUCAACAGAACAAUUUUCCGGGUUGCCUUAUAUAUAUUCCCUCCUGAAUUGCUUAAUAUGCCUUUGGUAUGGGACGCCUAUCAUCUCUCCCGGCAUAAUUUUGAUUUUCACGGUCAAUUCCAUUGGAGCCAUUUUCCAGUUGAUUUACAUAAUCAUCUUCAUUUUAUAUGCAGAUAGAACAAAAAAGGUGAAGAUGCUCGGCUUGUUACUCACAGUUUUUGCCGCAUUUGGGGCUAUUGUGUUUUUGAGCAUUAAAAUCUUCGAACCACCAAAUCGACAACUUUUCGUUGGAUAUUUGUCCGUCUUUUCUCUCAUAUCAAUGUUUGCUUCUCCACUAUUCAUUAUUAAUUUGGUGAUAAGAACAAAGAGCGUCGAAUACAUGCCAUUUUAUCUCUCGCUUGCAACCUUUUUGAUGAGUAUUUCCUUCUUUGCAUACGGAAUGUUCAAGCAGGAUCUAUUUAUUUCUGUUCCAAAUGGGGUUGGAGCAAUUCUGGGGAUUAUACAGUUGGUGCUGUACUUCUGUUACAGUAGAAAAUCUGGGGAAGAGACGCGGAGACCUCUGCUCGAGUCCUACGCAUGA